AUAAGCAUAGAAGUGCAUGCGCAGCUUCUCUUUCAAGAUGGCAGCAUUUACUUUAACUUCAUCGAGAAAUGUAAACCGUGUACUUAAUCGGUUUAUUUUUAAUCAUAACGUUAGAGCGUUUUCGACAUUAAAGGAAAGAAGUCUAGCUGCAAGUCUUUCUAGAGGAAGAACAGUUUCGAAUUGCACUUAUCCUUCCUUACAAUAUUUUUGCUGUGUAUCUCAUCUGAGGUUCCAAGCACCAGUUAGUAGCAGAGGAAUUAGAACAACAAAUUUAGUACGUGAUGAGAUUAGAACAGUUACUGUUCCUCAACUGGCUGAGUCUAUCAGUGAAGGUGACAUGAGAUGGGAUAAAGCGGUGGGAGAUGUAGUAGCUGAAGAUGAUGUGUUAGGUGAAGUGGAAACUGACAAGACAUCUGUCCCAAUACAUGCACCAGCUGCAGGAGUUAUAGAAGAAAUAUUGGUUGAAGAUGGUGCUACUGUACAGCCUGGCAAAGCGAUUCUUAAGCUUAGACUUGCAGGAGCAGGACCAUUGAAGAGAAAUGUAAUUGAGAUGAGAAAUACACAUAAAGACAGUUUUGCAAGGAAACAUGGAAUCAAACUAGGUUUUAUGUCAGCCUUUGUUCGUGCUGCUUCUUUUGCUCUUCAACAUCAACCAAUAGUUAAUGCUGAUGGACCUUUACCAAAUUUGGCUAGGACAGGAACUUUAGCCAUUGAAGAUAUGGAUGGUGGAACCUUCACUAUUAGCAAUGGAGGGGUAUUUGGAUCCAUAUCAGGAACUCCCAUUAUAAACCCUCCACAAUCGGCUAUCUUAGGAAUGCAUGCUAUUGUGGAUCGACCUGUAGCCAUCAAGGGGAAGGUGGAGAUUCGACCUAUGAUGAAUGUUGCCUUAACUUAUGACCACCGUUUAAUUGAUGGACGAGAAGCUGUGACAUUUCUGAGAAAGGUGAAAGCUGCUGUGGAAGACCCUCGUGUAAUUUUGUUAGAUAUUUAAUCAAUAGAGGGGAAGAUUACACUGAAUAAAAGAUUGUGCUGUGUAGUGUUGAGCUCUGUUUGCUGAAGUUUAUUCUAACUAGCUGUUCUAGUGUCUGGUGGAUUUACAAAAUUCAUCUGUACAGUAAUAUUAUUGAAUUAAUUUGGUAUUAUAUCAAUCCUGGGCUUCUUUUUUUUUUUUUCUAAUGCACUUAACUAAAACUUACCAAACAGUUUUUUUUUUGGAUUGCUGAAUUAUUUUAAACUACUAUUUGGAGGUCUACAAAAUUAUUCCUGUUAAAUCUUCACUUUAUUAACUAGAAGUACAAUAAGUUUUUAGAAAUAAUGUAUUUGCUCUGACAUAGCAGCAAAAAAAUUAAAUGCAAGGAAAAGAAAAUGGAUAUUUUGAUGUAUGUGAACUGAAUAAGCUUAGGUUUAAUUUUUUCCACAUCAAUUCAUACAGUUAUCUUCUGUCUGUUAGCAGUAGUAAUAAGAAUAAGCAAGCAUUUUUCUACCGUUUCAAUAUAUAUUUGUACUUAUUCUUAUUUUUGAGGUUUUACUUUUGGAUUGUGAUUGCAGUUGGUCCAAAGUGAAUGUAGAAUACUUCUUUUAUAAAUAUCACUGCUGGAAGGAUGAAGAAAUCGUUCUUGAUUUAUGUGUUUUUAAUGUGCAAAAUUUAGUACAAACGUUACAAGAUUGGUUAAUUAUUAUUUUUUAUCUGAACUACAUAGUUUCUGAAAUAAAGAAUAUUGAAAGAAAAUUACAAUAAACGAUUAUCAAAAUGAGUAUUAGCAUUAUUUAUAAGUAUCAAACUUGUUAACAGUAUAACUGUAAGAUUGUUUUGAACAUUCAAGAAAAAUUCAUAAAUUAAAAUACUGAUAUCUUGUGAUAAAUUGUAACAACUUGAAAAUCCAAAGAAAAACUUCCUCAUGUUAGGAGAAGAAACUAGUUCACAUCAAAUAAUGACCAGAUGAUUUGCUUAUGGAGAAUAAAGUGAAAAGCCUGUCUUUA